AUGGCACAGGCAAUGCUGGUACCACCAGGACCUGACAGCUUCUUCUAUUUCACCAAAGAAUCUCUUGCAGCUAUUGAAAAACGCAUCGCUGAUGAGAAGUCUCAUUGUGACAAAAGCGAGCAUAAAGACGAUGGUGGUCCUGAAGAAGAUCGCCCAAAGCCACGUAAUGACUUGGAGGCAGGAAAGACACUACCAUUUAUUUAUGGUGAUAUUCCUCCAGGAAUGGUGUCUGAGCCCCUGGAGGACCUGGAUCCGUAUUAUAUCAAUAAAAAAACAUUUAUAGUAUUGAAUAAUGGGAAGACAAUCUUCAGGUUCAGUGCCACGCCUGCCUUGUACCUUUUAUCUCCUUUCAAUAUUAUUAGAAGAAUAGCUAUUAAGAUUUUGGUUCAUUCAUUGUUCAGCAUUCUCAUUAUGCUCACUAUUUUGACAAACUGUGUAUUCAUGACAUGGACUAACCUUCCAGAGUGGACAAAGAUUGUAGAGUACACUUUCACUGGAAUUUAUACUUUUGAAUUUCUGGUAAAAAUCCUUGCAAGAGGCUUCUGUAUAAACGAUUUCACUUGCCUUCGUGACCCCUGGAACUGGCUUGAUUUUGUUGUAAUUUCUUUUGCGUAUAUAACAGAAUUUGUAAACCUAGGCAAUGUUUCAGCUCUUCGAACUUUCAGAGUAUUGAGAGCUUUGAAAACUAUUUCUGUAAUCCCAGGUUUGAAGACUAUUGUUGGAGCCUUAAUUCAGUCUGUAAAGAAGCUCUCAGAUGUAAUGAUUUUGACUGUGUUUUGCCUGAGUGUAUUUGCACUAAUAGGGCUGCAGCUGUUCAUGGGCAAUUUGAAGAAUAAAUGCUUGUUUUGGCCAGCAAAUUCAUCAAAUUUCAAAGAAUACCUAUCUCCAUACUUUAAUGGUACAGUGUUUAACUGGACAGCAUACCUGGAGAACGAAAGUAAUUUCUAUCGCCUAGAAGGACACAAUGAUUAUCUGCUUUGUGGCAAUAGCUCAGAUGCAGGUAAAUGUCCAGAAGAUUUUGUGUGUGUGAAAGCUGGUAGAAACCCCAACUAUGGAUAUACUAGUUUUGACACAUUCAGUUGGGCUUUCUUGUCACUGUUUCGAUUGAUGACACAAGACUCCUGGGAAAAUCUUUAUCAGCUGACGCUACGAGCUGCUGGCAAAACAUACAUGAUAUUUUUUGUUCUGGUCAUUUUUCUGGGUUCCUUCUAUUUGAUUAACUUGAUUUUGGCUGUGGUUGCCAUGGCCUAUGAAGAACAAAAUCAAGCAACUAUAGUUGAAGCAGAACAGAGGGAAGCAGACUUGCAGCAAAUGAUUGAACAGCUGAGGAAGCACCGAGAAGAAGUUGAGACAAUAGCAGCAGCUGCAGAAGAGAUGACCGAGUACAGCGGUGAAAGUGGGAUUGUUGGACCUUCAGACAGUUCUUCAGAAGCAUCCAAAGUUAGCUCAAAAAGUGCUAAAGAAAGGAGAAAUAGAAGGAGGAAAAGACGGCAGAGGGAGCUUUCUGGUGAAGAGGAUGACAUGAAGGAUGAGAAGCUUCCAAAGUCUGAAUCAGAUGGCAGUAUCAGAAGGAAAGGUUUCCGGUUUUCUUUUGAUGGGAACAAACUUGCUUAUCGGAAGCAGUUCAUAUCACCCCACCAGUCUUUGUUGAGUGUUCGCGGCUCCCUGUUUUCUCCCAGACGUAGUAGCAGAACAAGUCUUUUCAGUUUUAGAGAACACGAAAAAGAGAUAGGAUCAGAAAAUGACUUCGCUGAUGACGAGCACAGCACGUUUGAGGAUAAUGGGAGCAGAAGAGGUUCUCUUUUUUUGCCACGCAGACAUGGUGAACGGCGCAGUAGUAACAUUAGUCAGAGCAGUAGAUCAUCAAGAAGGCUGCCAGUGUUUCCAGUGAAUGGGAAGAUGCACAGCACUGUGAAUUGCAAUGGAGUGGUUUCCUUAGUAGACAGACCACCAGAUCAGUUGUCACCUACUGGACAGCUUCUGCCAGAGAGCACUGCUACAGAAAUAGAAAUAAAAAAGAGGCGUUCAAGUUCAUAUCAGAUAGCUGUGGAGUUGCUGGAGGAUCCCGAUUUAAGGCAAAGAGCCAUGAGUAUAGCUGGCAUUAUCUCAAAUACAGUGGAAGAACUUGAAGAAUCCAGGCAAAAAUGUCCACCCUGCUGGUAUAAGUUUGCCCACACUUUCUUAAUUUGGGAUUGCUGGGAGCCUUGGUUGAAAGUAAAGGCUGUAGUUGAAUUUAUUGUAAUGGAUCCGUUUGUUGAUCUGGCUGUAACUGUUUGCAUAAUUUUAAACACUCUGUUUAUGGCCAUGGAACAUUAUCCAAUGACUGACGAUUUCAGUACUGCCCUUAAAAUAGGAAAUCAGGUUUUUACUGGAAUUUUUGCAGCAGAAAUGGUUCUCAAGAUAAUUGCCAUGCAUCCUUUUUAUUAUUUCCAAGUUGGCUGGAAUAUUUUCGAUAGUUUUAUAGUUACCCUUAGUUUGGUGGAGCUUUUUCUGUCAAGUGUGGAUGGAUUAUCUGUUCUCCGAUCAUUCAGAUUGUUGCGAGUUUUCAAAUUGGCAAAAUCUUGGCCAACACUAAAUAUGCUGAUUAAGAUUAUUGGCAACUCAGUGGGAGCUCUGGGAAACCUGACUUUGGUUCUGGCCAUCAUUGUGUUCAUUUUCGCUGUGGUUGGGAUGCAGCUGUUUGGGAAAAGCUACAAGGAAUGUGUCUGCAAGAUCUCUAGCGAGUGUGAACUCCCACGUUGGCACAUGCAUGACUUUUUCCACUCUUUCUUGAUUGUGUUCCGAGUGCUGUGUGGAGAAUGGAUAGAAACUAUGUGGGACUGCAUGGAAGUGGCAGGCCAAGCCAUGUGCCUUACUGUCUUCAUGAUGGUCAUGGUGAUUGGAAACCUGGUGGUAUUGAACCUUUUUCUGGCCUUGCUGCUGAGUUCUUUUAGUUCAGACAGCCUUUCUCCUACAGAGGAUGAUAAUGAAAUGAACAACUUACAGAUUGCAGUUGCAAGAAUUCAAAAGGGAAUAGAUUAUGUGAAGAAAAAAGCAGGUGAAUGUGUUCGAAAAUGUUUUUGCGGGAAACAGGCUGUUAUAAAUGAAAGAAAAGCAACAGAUCAGUUGAAUGAUGAGAGAGACCAUUGCAUUUCUAACUGUACCAUCACUGAUAUAAGGAUAGACACGAAUUAUCACAAAAGUGAGAAUGGAAUGGCCACUGUCAUAGGUGGCAGUGAUUAUACAUCAUUCAUGAACAACCCAGACCUUACUGUUACAGUACCAAUAGCUGCUGGAGAAUCUGAUUUUGAACAUCUAAAUACAGAAGAGUUUAGCAGUGACUCAGAUUUGGAGGAAAGCAAGGAGAAGCUAAGUUUUUCCAGCUCAUCUGAAGGAAGUACAGUUAAUUUAGCUCUCUUUGGAGAAGAAAAAGCUGAAACAGAACCAGAAAAAGUAUCAGAGCUACAGGCAUGCUUUACAGAAGGCUGUGUACGGAAGUUUAAAUGCUGUAAAGGCAAUAUGGAAAGCAAAAAAGGAAAAAUCUGGUGGAACCUUCGAAAAACCUGCUACAAGAUAGUAGAACACAAUUGGUUUGAAACAUUCAUUGUCUUCAUGAUUCUUCUCAGCAGUGCUGCUCUUGCUUUUGAAGAUAUAUAUAUUGAACAGCGCAAGACUAUAAAAGUCAUACUGGAGUAUGCUGAUAAAAUCUUCACUUACGUUUUUAUUCUGGAAAUGGUGCUAAAAUGGGUGGCCUAUGGUUUUCAAACUUAUUUCACUAACGCUUGGUGCUGGAUGGACUUCCUGAUUGUUGAUGUCUCCUUGGUUAGCUUAGUAGCUAAUGCCCUUAAUUUCUCAGAAUUCAGUGCAAUUAAAUCCCUCCGAACAUUAAGAGCUUUGAGACCUCUAAGAGCUUUGUCACGCUUUGAAGGCAUGAGGGUGGUUGUGAGUGCUCUUACUGGAGCAAUCCCAUCCAUUAUGAAUGUACUCCUGGUUUGUCUUACAUUCUGGCUAAUAUUCAGCAUCAUGGGAGUAAAUUUGUUUGCUGGCAAGUUCUAUCACUGUGCUAACACCACAACUGGUGAGAAAUUACCACCAGAGAAAGUCAGUAAUAUGACUGCAUGUAAAAAUCUUACAAUCACUGGAAUGGAUGUUCGGUGGAAAAAUAUGAAAGUAAACUUUGAUAAUGUUGGAGCUGGUUAUCUUUCUCUGCUUCAAGUAGCAACAUUUAAAGGAUGGAUGGACAUCAUGUAUGCUGCAGUUGAUUCUAGAGAAUUAGAGCAACAGCCCAAGUAUGAGGACAGCCUGUACAUGUAUCUUUAUUUUGUUGCCUUUAUCAUCUUUGGAUCAUUUUUCACUCUAAACUUAUUCAUUGGUGUCAUCAUAGAUAACUUCAACCAACAAAAGAAGAAGCUUGGAGGUCAAGAUAUUUUCAUGACAGAAGAACAAAAGAAAUACUACAAUGCAAUGAAGAAGCUGGGAUCCAAGAAACCACAAAAACCUAUACCUAGACCAACGAACAAAUUGCAAGGUCUGGUGUUUGAUAUUGUAACAAAGCAAGCUUUUGACAUCACCAUUAUGGUUCUCAUCUGUCUUAACAUGGUCACCAUGAUGAUAGAAACAGAUGACCAGGGUGAACUGAUGCAAAAUAUUUUAUACUGGAUUAACUUGGUCUUUGUUGUCCUUUUCACUGGAGAAUGCAUCUUGAAACUGUUCUCACUCCGUUAUUAUUACUUCACCAUUGGCUGGAAUAUUUUUGAUUUUGUGGUUGUUAUUCUUUCAAUAGUAGGUAUGUUUCUAGCUGAGGUGAUUAAAAAGUACUUUGUGUCCCCAACUUUGUUCAGAGUUGUACGACUUGCCAGAAUCGGUCGAAUCCUGCGUCUCAUUAAAGGCGCUAAGGGGAUCCGCACUCUGCUUUUUGCUUUGAUGAUGUCUCUUCCUGCUUUGUUCAACAUUGGUCUGCUGCUCUUCCUGGUCAUGUUUAUCUAUGCGAUAUUUGGCAUGUCCAACUUUGCCUAUGUUAAGAGGGAAGCUGGCAUAGAUGACAUGUUCAACUUUGAAACAUUUGGCAACAGCAUGCUCUGCCUUUUUCAAAUUACCACAUCUGCUGGCUGGGAUCUGUUGCUAGCCCCAAUUCUUAACAGUGGGGAGCCAGACUGUGACCCCCAUAAAGAUCAUCCAGGGAGCUCUGUGAAAGGUGACUGUGGAAACCCUUCCGUUGGGAUUUUCUUCUUUGUCAGCUACAUUAUCAUAUCGUUUUUGGUAGUGGUGAACAUGUACAUUGCUGUCAUUUUGGAGAACUUCAGUGUUGCUACUGAAGAAAGUGCUGAACCCUUGAGUGAGGAUGACUUUGAGAUGUUCUAUGAAGUUUGGGAAAAGUAUGAUCCAGAUGCAACACAAUUCAUAGAAUACAGCCAAUUGUCUGAUUUUGCAGCAGCACUUGAUCCUCCUCUUCACCUACCCAAACCAAACAAAGUCCAGCUUAUUGCAAUGGACCUGCCCAUGGUAAGCGGUGACAGAAUUCACUGCUUGGACAUCCUGUUUGCUUUCACAAAGCGUGUUUUGGGGGAAAGUGAGGAGAUGGAUGCCCUCAGAAUACAGAUGGAAGAUCGGUUUAUGGCAUCCAAUCCUUCAAAAGCUUCCUAUGAACCAAUUACAACCACAUUAAAAAGAAAACAGGAGGAGGUUUCUGCUGCUAUCAUUCAGCGUGCCUAUAGGUGUUAUCUUUUAAGACAGUCAGUAAAGAAAUUUUCAUUUAUGUAUCAGAAAGAUGGAGUUGAUCUACUUAUCAAAAAAGACACGAUUAUAUGUAAACUAAACUCUCCUUCAGAGAAUAUGGAUAUGUCUGCAUCCAGCACAUCUCCGCCUUCUUAUGAUAGUGUAACAAAACCAGAAAAAGAAAAAUAUGAAGAUGACAAAUCAGAAAAAGAAGAUGAGGGGAAAGACAGAAAAGGAAACAAAAUGUAA